AUGAUAAAGAAGGAUUGGGUGGAGUUGCCUCCACACAGUCAAGAUUAUAAGGAUGGUGUCAAUUACUUUUUGGAUAUUGCGUUUACUAAAGGAAUGGUUGAAGAAGAAGAGAUUUUGUGUCCUUGUGCUGUAUGUUGUAAUGAUAGUUGGGAAGUAAGAGAUGUAGUGUAUGACCAUUUAUGUAGCAAAUCUGUUUUUGGAAAGAAGCGUCCCGGUAGGGUACGUUGUUAUGGGAGAAACAUAACUAAAACUUCCUUAAAGCGAAAGGCAGAGAUUAAUGCUCUGAAACAAGUACACAAUAAAGAGUUCAUUACAUUAAGGCAUGAGUUUCAAGAUCAGAUUGAUAGAUUACAAAAUGCUUUUAAGACCGUAAUUCAACAAUGCAAUCCUCAAAUUAAUUUGGAGUCAAUAGAAGAUUUGUUAGGAUUAUCUCAUAGUGAUGCUAACAGUUCCCCAAAGGAAAUGAGACCGCAAAUUCAUUCCUCUACAUCAACUCAUGCUCCGUGUCAAGGAAAGCAAGGUAUUAAUGAAGAUGUUGAAAAAGACGAUAUAAAUGACGAAAUUCAAGAGGACGAUGUAGAUGAUGGAUUCUAA